UGCCACUGCUAUUGGAGGAGGACUGGCACAGCGGCAGGUGGCGGGAGCGGGAGGUGGUGCUGCUGUGCAGGGGCAGCAGCAGCAGCAGGCGCCACAGCAGCAGCAGCAGGAGCAGGCGAACGCAAUGGCCAUGAUGCAACAACAACAACAGCAGCAGCAGCAGCAGGCACCAGGCCAACAUCCUGCUGCCCAGGUCAGCCCAGGAGCGCAGCAGCAGCACCUGCAACACCAACAGCAGCAAAUGCAGAUGCAGCAGCAGGCAUUGCAGCAGCAGGCGAUGCAACAGCAGCAGGCGUUGCAACAGCAGCAGCAACAACAAGCCGUGCAGCAGCAACAGGCGAUGCAGCAGCACAUGCAGCAGCAGCAAGCGAUGCAGCAGCAACAACAUCUACAACAACAGCAACAAGCUUACCACCAGCAGCAGCUGCAGCACCAGCACCACCAGCAACAGCUCGCCCAGCAGCAACAAAUGCAACAACAACAGCAGCAGAUGGCUUGGCAACAACAGCAGCAGGCUAUGCAGCAGCAACAAGUGAUGCAGCAACAACAACAGCAGCAACAACUGAUGCAACAGCAGCAGCAGCUGCAUUCCAUGGGCUCUGGGUCGCGAGCUCUGAUCCACACCUCCAGUCCCAGAGCCGCCACCAGCACCCCAACAGGACCCACGGGUCACUCCGGUCUGGCCCACCAUGCCUUGCAGCAGCAACAUCCCAUGGGCGGCUUUCCUGGCACCGGCUCUCCUCGCAUGGUCCAGCAGCCCAGUCCUGCUCUGCAGCAGCAGCAACACCACCACCAGCAUUCCUUGCUGCGGCCCCAGAGCAGUCAAAGCAUGCAGCCGCCUCAGCAGCAGUCGUUAGAGCACGGCGGGAUGGUGGGCGGGGCCGCAGGUGUGGCGCACCAAGCGGGCAUGCAGCAGGGGCCGUCGCCCGUGGUUUCCGGAAGCCCGGCUGUGUCAGGUGCUGUAUCACAGCAGGGGCAGCAGCAACAGAUGCAUUUAGCCCAGCAGCAACAACAGCAGCAGCUGCUGCAGCAACAGCAACAGAUGCAGCAGCAGUUGCAAAUACAGCAGCAGCAGCAGUUGCAACAGCAAUACCAGCAACAACAGAUGCAGCUAAGGCAUCAGCAACAGAUGCAACAGCACCAGCAACAACAACAACAAAUGCAGUUGCAAGCACAGCAACAACAGCAACAACACAUGCAGCAGCAGCAAUUACAGCAGCAAGCAGCAUCCGGCUCAGUGCAGCAGCAAGGCCAAGGCCACACCAACACCGCUGGUGCCACCACCGCUCCCCCCCACGGGGUGUUGGUGUUGAGUGCUGCGUGGGACGGCGGGGGGCUGGUGGGGACUGAAGUACCGGUGUUGUAUCCGUACAUGCCGCUGCAUGCUUGCGAAUAAGAUGGUGGAUUGCAAAGGGGGCGAGGGGUCCGAGGGCCGUGGCGUAUCAAGCCGAGGGCCGUGGCGAUCAAGCCGAGGGCCGUGGCGUAUCAAGCCGAGGGCCGUGGCGUAUCAAGCCUGCAAAUUACGUUAUGCUUGCAUGACGUGUGGUACUUGAGGGUUUUGCAGCCCCACGCCUGCCGUUGUACCUUUGCUGUUACUGAUACCAACGGUGCAAUUAUCAUAUCCUUUGUGUACGUUGUUCGGGGCUACCUGUGAUGCGUGUGACGUGAUCCACAUUAUGUUGGUGUUGCAUUUUAAUUGUGGGCCCUACGCUGAGCUUUUCUGUGUAUGUAUGGCAAGCGGCAAGGGCAGGGCCGCAACUGCAGCAGUCGCAUCUCUUGUUGUAUAACUGGUUGUGGAAGUUUGAGUGCACUU